AUGGCAAGAGUAUUCAUUCGAUCAGCUGAACAAAAUUGGAAUAUUGGUGGUAGUAGUGAUGAAGAAUGGAAUGGAUGGCGACAUGUGGAAUCCGAAGAUAAUUUCUGGGGAUGUGGUAAUAACAUUGGCAUGACUCUACAGAAAGGUGAUAUGAAAUGUACAUACCGCGCGUCAUAUUAUCAUCCAAGUUUUUCCUUAGUGAAAUUGAAUGGUCAAUCAGCGAGUGGCUCAUUUGAUUACGAUCGAAGCAAACCGAAAGCGAAAGUGUAUGGUGCAUUUGUCGAGUUUAUCGAGAAGAAAAUUGCUGAACAGAAUGCAGAAGAUUCUUCUGUUGUCAAUAAACUUUUGGGUUUUUCUUCCUAA